AUGUCUUCCGAGGACAAAUACGAAACGUUGGAGAAGAUUGGCCAUGGCUCGUUUGGCAUCAUCCGCAAAGUCCGUCGCAGGACAGACGGCUUCAUCAUGUGCCGCAAAGAAAUCUCCUACCUCCGCAUGUCCCAGAAGGAGCGCGAGCAGCUCCACGCCGAAUUCCAGAUUCUGUCACAUCUGCGACACCCAAACAUCGUCGCUUACUACCACCGGGAACAUCUCAAGGUCAGCCAGGACUUGCAUCUCUACAUGGAGUACUGUGGCAAUGGAGAUCUGGGCCGUGUCAUCAAGGACCUCGCGCUGAAGGGCCAGCGAGCUCAGGAAAGCUUUGUCUGGAGUAUCUUCAGCCAGCUGGUCAUGGCGCUCUACCGGUGUCACUAUGGUGUCGACCCCCCAGAGGUUGGCUCAAAUAUUCUUGGCUUGACGCAGGGAAACGCCGCGGCUGGACCCAAGGUUCCGGCUGGAACCAUGACUAUUCUACACCGCGAUUUGAAACCCGAAAAUGUCUUCCUCGGCGAGGACAACUCUGUCAAGCUUGGAGACUUUGGUCUCUCUAAAAUGAUCAAGUCCCACGACUUUGCCUCCACUUACGUUGGCACUCCUUUCUACAUGUCUCCUGAGAUCUGCGCCGCCGAGAAAUACACCCUCAAGUCCGAUAUCUGGUCAUUAGGCUGCAUUAUCUACGAACUCUGCGCUCGCGAACCUCCUUUCAACGCCAAGACGCACUUCCAACUAGUGCAAAAGAUCAAGGAUGGCAAGUUCCCUGCCUUGCCCGACGUCUACUCUCCCGAGCUCUACCAGGUCAUCAAGGACUGCCUCCGUGUGAACCCUGACCGACGACCUGAUACUUCAGAGCUAUUGAACCUACCAGUGGUCAAGCUGAUGAGGAAGGAGAAGGAGGUUGUUGACCUCAACAAGUCCAUUCGCCUAAGGGAAGAUUCUCUCCGUAAGAAGGAGAGGGAUCUCAACGAGCGACUUGUCAACAUGGAAAGGGAGAAGGAACUCAUCCGAGACGAGCUGGACUCAUCACUGCGGAGAGAGUGGGAGGUCAAGGCGCGCCUCGAGAUUGAUCGGCUCGCCAACGCUGAGAUUGAGCAGCUCCAGAACCGAUUCGAAGAGGAAGUCCAAGCACGCGUCGAGGCAGAACUGCAAAAGAAGGCAGCAGCAUACGCCAACUCAAGACCUAACAGUCGAGAGGAUGAGUAUACGACAUCGACGGGUAAGACCGACUACCCUCACUCAUCUGUCGGCGGCAGUGAAGUUGAGUUUCCCUCAACAACGGAUCUCACCGAGUACUCCAUCGAAAGCCCCGAAGCGCCUCGUGAGACCAAGAAGACGGCUCGCACACCAUUUGGCCGUGCGCAAACAAUGUUUGUGGGCAACCCUGCUGGUACGCCUAUGGAUAUCGAGAUGAACUCGCCCAGUCCUAUCGCGAUUGCGUCGCUUUCUCUCUCGCCCCGUCGCAACGGAAACACCAAGGCGCCUACUGCUGCGUCUGGCAACAUCUUCGCUGUUAACGCCAACCGAAGUGCUGACAAUUCUCGAUGGGAUCUCCGCGACACUCUGUCCGAUUCUGAAGACGAGGACGUCAUGCCAUCGCCAACACGCAACAUCAAGUCUUCCAAGAACCCGUUCACUUCCAAGACUCGCCCUGUUCUGACGUCCCAGAAGUCGGCCCCCAUCAACCGUUUGAAGUCUCAACCUUCAACCUCGGGCUUUGUUUCCAAGCAGGUAUCCCAACCUGAGGCUCCCAGGUCCCCUCGUCGCCUGAGCAAGAUCCCCUCUGCCGCAAACCUCCAGGCCGAGAGCAACAACUCCAGUGGAGGGGGCUUGACACGCCAGUCUUCCCUCAACAGGAAGAACAAUCACUCGGACGAUGGCUUGGGCAAGGUCGCAGCUAAGAACAACAUUCGAGGCCGUACCCUUGUUGAGCUUCAGCAAGCUCGAGCCGGUGGCCGCCCCAUGAGCGCCAUCGUCAUGCCCAGCACCGGCGAGAACGUCAGCCCUAAGAGGGCAUUCCGAGAUCGCAUCGGUGCUGAGCGCAAGUCGAGCGGCGACGAACCCGUGGCUGUCUGGGACCCGGAGCGAGACGAGAUGCCGAGUCCUUUCCUGGUCCGUCAGCGACGUAUUGCCCGGGUGUAG